GGCGAUUUGUUUGGUUCGUAGCUCGGCCGCACAGCGGGAUGGACGGCGAUUUGGAUGGACCCGAAGCUCGCUGCCUUUUAGGGAGGUUUCUGUGGUGUGUGUCCAUAAAGGACAGGUCUAUAUCCUGGUCUCUGUCUAUGUGUUGUGUGCCCCGCGCUGCCGCGCGGACGCUGGAGCCCGCCGCGGCCCGCGGGUGAUGUAUUGAUCCUGUUCACCAACCGUGGGUCGCGGCUGCGCGCUGGUCGGGCCGGCCAGGGUCCCCGGCCGCUGACCCAGUGGCGGCUUUAGCGGCGCCGCGGACCGUGCCAGGACCACCGGACCACCGUGGGGACCAUCGGACCGUGUCACCGAGAUCCCAACCGUUCCGUCGAUCCCAGCAGAUCCGCCAGACUCCAGUAGAUUCCGGAUUCAGACGCAUCCACUGCAUCCGUCACAGCAGACUCAGUGAUCCGGGAAGCCUUACUGAGCCGGACCCCGCUCUGUCUGAUCCUUGUCGGUUUCCUGUCCGGUCCCUGCCUGGUCCCUGCCUGCUCCUACCCCGCCCGGUCCCUGCCCGGUCCCUGCCUCCCUGGCCGGCCCGCUAGGAUGGACUGCGCUGGCGGCUCGCGCGCCCCGGCCGCCGCCGCCGCUCAGUGCCAGUGUGGGCUGGUCGGCGCAGCGCUCGGCGCCUCCUCGUGCUCCGCUCCCAGACGCAGCUGACCGAGCGGCCCCGCACCGACCUGAGCUGACCUGACCCGGACAGCAUGGAGCCGCGCACUGAGCCGCCGUCGCCCGGACACCCCUGGGACAGACCAAUCGUACCCACGUCCGAGAUGCUCGGGGAUGACGCCGAGGUCGAGCUCAAGAGGAAGGUGCCGGACGCCCUCGUCUUCGCCGAUGACGAGUUCGUACCGGCGCUGCUGCGAAAUCUCAACGCCAUGCGCAAAAACAACCAGUUCUGUGACGUCAUCCUGCAGGUGGGUAAGCAGGAGAUCGCCGGCCACCACUGCGUACUGGCCGGCAGCUCGCAGUACCUUCUGAAGUUGUUCGGUGACGAGCACCGCCAGCUUACCUGCGACGAGGCGGCCGUCAAGUCCAGCGCGCCGCGCCGCCAGGAGCCCGUCGUCUACAAGCUCAGCGACAAGCUGGAUGGGGAGGCCACUGAAGCACUCGUCCAGUUCGCCUACACUGGAAAGCUGUCCGCGCACCCCAGUCGGGUUCGUUCCGUGUACUCGGCCGCUGUCCGGCUGAAAAUGGACAAGGUGGCCGCCGCCUGCGCCCAGUGGCUCGUCAACAACCUGGACAUCCACUCUUGUCUGGAGAUCAGAGCCAUCCCGGGCAUCGUGGCCGACACCCAACUCGUCAAAGUCAUCGACGAGUUCAUCGUCAGACAUUUUGCCGAGAUGGUCUCCACCAAGCAGAUGAUGAAGCUGCCUCAGGUGAAGGUGGAGCUGCUGACUCCCGCCCUGGAGGAGGUCACAUCCAUCAACAUGGCCACCCAGGCGCUCCUGGUGCUCGACUGGCUGCGCAAGUUCAUGGUCGAGGAGAACAUGACUCUGCAGGAGAGCACGGAAAAGCUUCACCUGCUCUACAUGAAUAUUGAUCAGUCGCUGCACGACUGUUCGGAUAUCGUCUCCGGCGACUCCGCCAACACAGAGAUGGUCCAGGACUACAAGAAACUCAGCAAAAAGACGGGCCGUAAGCAGUCUCCGGCCAUCCAGCAGCACUCUGGCGGCGGCUCCAACGGCCACUACCACACCAUCACCUACUCUUCCGAGCGGGCCGAGGCCAUCAGAGACGAGGAGUGCGACUGGAAGACGCUGGCCUGCUCCAAGGUGGACGAGCGCGGUAUGGUCUCCCUGGUGACCGUUGCUGGCACGCUGGCCGUCCUCUCGGUCCGUCAGCGUCUGAAUGCGCCCUCGCCGACCGGCUCGCCGCGCAGCAGCCGGCCGCCCAGCAUGGAGAAGCCGGACUCGUACGGAAUGCUGCCAGAGCUGGCCUGCGCCAAGUGCUCCGUCGGCGCCGGCAACCUCAACAACCAGCUCAUCAUCUGCGGCGGGUACGACCGCGGCGAGUGUCUGCGCGAGGUCGAGAUCUACGACCCGGUGACGAACCAGAUCCGCGCGUGCCGGCCCAUGCUGGCGGCGCGCGGCCGCUUCGAUCUGACCGUCGUCGACGGCCGAGUGUACGCUGUCGGCGGCUGCGACGGUAACAACGAGCUCGCCUCUGUGGAGUGCUACCAGCCGCAGCUGGACAAGUGGUCGCCGCGCUCCUCGCUGCACAUGGCCCGCUCCAACCAGGGCGUCUGCGCGCUCAACGGCAAAAUCUGCUGCAUCGGCGGCUGGAAUGGGAAGUUCGGCAGUCGUAAAUGUGAGAUGUACGACCCGGCUACCAACAAAUGGACGCCCAUGGCCUCUCUGAAUGUCGGUCGUUACCAGGCGGCCGUGACGGUGCUGAACGGCCUCGUGUACGCCGUCGGCGGCUGUGACUCCUGGAACUGCCUCAGCUCCGUGGAGGUGUACGACCCGGUCCGGGACGCCUGGUCCUUCGUGACACCCAUGUCGACCCCGCGGCGCGGCAGCGGAGUCUCCCGAGUCAACGGUAAGCUGAUUGUGGUGGGCGGCCUGGACGGCGUGCAGUCGCUCAACACCACCGAACUGUACGACCCCGUGGAGGACAAGUGGACGUCCGGACCCAAGAUGCUCACCCGCCGCGCCAAUGUCAACGUCGCCGUGGUCGACGGAAAACUGUUCGCCGUCGGAGGCUUCUCCGGAAAGCAGUUCCUGAACACGAUGGAGUUCCUGGACCCGCGCACCAUGAGCUGGAGCGCUCUGCUGCCGCGCAGGAACCGAGGCAUCUCGAGCGGCAGCGCUACCUCAGAGGAAGAGUGCCCUGAGGCGGUGACGGCCGCCACCCGCGACUUCUCGCCGGAGGCCACGCCGCCGCCGGCCGCUCCGGCUCCAGCUCCGGCUCCGGCUGGCUCCUGCACCCCGCCCUCGGAGCCGGAGCCCAGCGAGCGCAGCGCCGCCGCCGAGCCCGCGGCCGCCGCCGAAACCUGCGCGUAGUGGCGGCCUCAACAGGUGGCGCUAGCGGCGCUUCAUUCCAUCCGAGAACUGUAAGGCUUGUGACGCUGCGCCGCAGCGAGGCGGAGGGCGGGCGCGGCCCCUCUCGCGGCCUCAUGAAGUGUAUUUUGUGGGUUUUACGAUGAACUGCAGUGGCGCGUUUUCGCGCCGCGAUGACAGCUGACUGAGACUGCACCCGAAAAACUGCGGCCCGCUGCGGUCUCAUUCCGAGACCGAUUGGUCGAGACGGUCCCCGACUGGGACGACCGGCGCCCGUUCUAAUGGCGUCCUCUGGCGGCGGUGUGUCCACCGGCUGAAGUUGGCGGGACGGUAGUACCAGCUACUCCCCCGUGUGUGCGUGUGUGAGUGGUGUUGGACCCUGUGAGCCCGCGGGCCUCUGUAGAGUCGCGCGCUCGGUCAGUACCUCCGCGCUGGGGCCAACGGGGGCGAAACGUGUGCGACUAUUGUUAUUUUCACACCUUGCUAAGUACCCCUCACACUGGGCUUUUCAGUGGGGCCCCGUACCUCGGGUGGGAGGGGGAUGGCCGCAGGGAUCACCCGGUCCCCUUCAGCUGAGCCUGGCUAGCCAGACACCUGACCUGGCCUGACCUCUGUACAGCGCGGCUGGGGGGACGGUCUGGGCCCCGGUGGAGGCAGCAGCGGACCGAGGUCUCCAUAUUGGAGGCUGGCUGGAUCUGCUCUGCGGGCGAGUGUCGUGGGGGACCGGGAGGGAGGGACUCGUGCAGUGAGCGGCAUUGUGACACCGUCAUUGCAGCCCUCGGGGCGACACCAAUACAGACGAAUGAGAGUGCA